AUAACUACUGGAACGCUGCAUCAUUCACCACCCCGUCAUCGUACCUGCACUUUGCCACCUUCCAGGGUGAAAUCAGCGCCGACAUCUCCUUCUAUUUCAAGACGAGCGCGCCCUAUGGCGUCUUCUUGGAGAACUUGGGCAACACUGACUUCAUUCGCUUGGAGCUCAAAUCUCCUAAGGUGGUCUCCUUCUCCUUCGAUGUUGGAAACGGACCCGUGGAGCUGACCGUGCACUCGGCCACGCCCCUCAACGACGACCAGUGGCACCGCGUGAUGGCCGAGCGCAACGUCAAGGAAGCGGUCCUGCAGCUGGAUCAGACUUACCGGGCGUCCCAGCUGGCUCCUGCGCAGGGACACACACGACUGGAGCUGUUCAGCCAGCUCUACGUGGGUGCUGCGGGGGGACAGAGGGGGUUCCUCGGCUGCAUCAGGGCCUUACGAAUGAAUGGGAUCACCCUCGAUCUGGAAGAGAGGGCCGAAGUCACACCCGGGGUCAAGCCCGGCUGCCAAGGCCACUGUACGAGCUUCGGGAUGUACUGCCGGAAUGGAGGAAAGUGCGUGGAGAGGUACAACGGCUACUUGUGUGACUGCACCGAAACUGCCUACGACGGCCCAUUCUGCACAAAAGAUGUCGGGGGUUUCUUUGAAGCGGGAACUCUGAUCAAGUACAACUUCAUGCCCGAAGCAGUUGCAGGAGCCAGUAAGGACGCGAAGGUUGUGACGCACCAGCUGACGCCGUAUGAAGCGAAUCUAACAAAGGAGGACGUGGCCUUUAGUUUCAGCACGUCCAACGCUCCGGCUAUUCUGAUGUAUGUCAGCUCCAAGACGCAGGACUAUCUGGCGGUGGUGUUAAGAGAGAACGGUUCACUGCAGGUGCGGUACAACCUGGGCGGUCUGAGGGAGCCAUUUGCUAUCGAUGUGGACCAACGCAACCUGGCCAAUGGACAGCCGCAUAGCAUCAACAUGUCCCGUCUCAACAGAAGCAUCAGCAUCCAGUUGGAUCAUUACCCUCCAGUCAGCUACAACCUCCCAGAGGCCUCAGACACACAGUUCAACCUGGUCAAGACGCUGUUCUUGGGAAAAGUCUACGAAACUGGACACAUAGACCCAGUCCUCAUCGAGCGCUACAACACCCCAGGUUUCAUCGGGUGUCUCUCUCGGGUUCAGUUCAACGGAGUCGCCCCCCUCAAGUCCGCACUGAGAACAGCCGCGCAGGCCACGCCAACAGCCGGUCAGCAGGACAAACAGCCCGCAGCCACCUUACCUGUGUCUUUCCAGGGCAAACUAGUAGAGUCCAACUGUGGGGCGUCACCACUCACCAUCCCACCAAUGUCUGCCGCAACGGAUCCCUGGCAUCUGGACAACACAGAUGCAGAGUUCCCCUUCAAUGAGGAGAGAGUGAUUCCUGAUGGAGUCAACAGGGACUCGGCCAUCAUCGGAGGUAUCAUUGCGGUGGUGAUCUUCACCAUCUUAUGUACUCUGGUGUUCCUGAUCCGCUACAUGUUCCGUCACAAAGGCACCUACCACACCAACGAGGCCAAGGGCAGCGGGGAAUCCGCCGCAGAAUCAGCGGACACGGCCAUCAUCGGCACCGACAACCCGGAGACCAUCGACGAAUCAAAGAAGGAGUGGUUCAUCUAACGGCCGGUGAUGGAACUCUGGGAGAGGAAGCGAUUUGUUAGACCAUCAGUUGCCACAGAGAUGGAGAGGGUUUAAUUAAAUGACUAAUCACAGGAGAGAUGGAGGAUUGGCUACUCUAAUAGGACAAUAAUCUCCGAGAGAAGGCGGGGAUGUGGGAAAGACGUGUACAGAAAUCUUUUUUUCGUUCGUUUGUUUGUUUUGGGUUUUUUUUAUAUAUAUAUAUACAGAGUAUUAGAAAAAAGAAGAGGGACACUAAUUCUGCAGAGCACAGCUAUAAAAGACUGUACAUGUAUAUACUAACCGGCUUGUCCUUCUUUGUAUCGUGCUUGGGAGUUUUCAGGAGUCCUUUGAAUACUGUAUAUGACAAAUAAUUAUACUUACUGGGUCGUGUGAUAGCAAAGAUUUAUUGCCAGUCCCUGUUGCGUUUUGAUUUUAUAUUUUAACAAAAAUCUUAUAUCAAAAAUGAUCAAAUCAACAUGCCAAACCCUUUCGUUAUUUUUCAAGCUGUGGAUGCACCAGUCUGUCAACACUCAUAUCAAUUGACGUGCCACUUAUAUUAUGGUAAUAUAGAGCUGAAUAUGGAUGCCAAAAGUCACUUUGUAAAUACAGUAUUUUGUGUUAUUUUUCUCUUUUUCUCAAAAGAUUUAUUCAGAGUCCAAUUACAUAAACACUGAUGAGAAGUUUCAUAUCUCUAUUACAGCGAUAUCAUACGUCUGUCCAUUGCAUUAUAUAUGUGUGAAAUAUAGAGUUUUAUGUUGAAAUCCUAUGACAUUCGAUUGUAUGGGACAUUCCUUUCUGUGGAAGGGCAGAGAGGGGUUUCUCAGAGCAUGAUGGGAAAUCAUGACACUCCAUGGUUGGUUCGGCUCAUCGCGGCAGCUUUCUUUGAAUUCGGAAUGGGUGAAACCAGUGAGCCUUUACUCAUUCAGACUUGUCGGUUUGUUUCUUUGCCAAACACUUGAGUCUUACGUCAGAUUUUUUUUUUUUGCAUUUAAUGUUCGAGUUCGCGAGGUUUUUAUUUUGCGUUCCAUCUCAGACUGACGUUGGGCUGUAGGUUGCAUGCAUCCAUGUGUGAGGGUCGAAUAUUGGACAAAACAAGUGCCAGAAGAGACGAGACGAGAUCGAACAACUUGACUUGAUGAGUUCUAUUGACGCGCUAAACUCCAUGCAUUAGGCGGCUGAAGUAGCAUGAAACAAAAGAAUAAAUAAAAAUCGGUUAAUAUCUGAACAAUACCUGGGACGAGGUUAAGAUGAUAAUUGGCUUCUUAAUCCAUUGUGCCUUCAGGGUGUUGAGCCGUUUUCGCCUUGCCUCGCACUACUUAGCACAAACUUACGACAGAAACUUGACCGCUGCUGCAUGGAAUUCUCCAAGUUUUCAGGUGUUUUUACGUUUCCUGGUUUUAAAUGGUGCUGCGUUCGAUUGGCCACGAAUCACGAUCGAAGCUUGAUUUUGAAUUCAGAAUCUCUCAAAUCUUAAAGAAGGCAGACUUUAGCGAGCGCGGCUGCUUUUGCGGCGGGAGCAGCUUCGCCGACGCAUGGGAGAGCUGCACCAUGUUUACAUCUCCCCUUUGUGACGCACGUGUCCGAUAAAGCGACGGGUCAAGGCUGUUUUGUUCAAUUACAUGAGCAAAGAAGAGAAUGAGGAGGCGGCUGCUUUGUGAACUGAGCUUCACGCUACAGUGCCACUGUUGUCCAACAUGCAUUCAAAAGAUGUGCAAGUUCUAACCAUGUUUUUUUUUUGUUUCCUGUCAGUUAUUGUUUACCUACAUGUUUACCUUACCAUGACAUUUACAGUACAGUGUGUUACAGUUUCAACCAGCUGCCAACUUUGUUAUUUUGUUGUGAAUUUUGCUUUUUUUUUUCUAUAUCUGUUUGGUCAAAUUGCUCCUAUCGCACUCUUCCAUGAAGGAUUUGUACAUCAUCAUCAUCACCUCGGGGGUUAAGUGUUACCUGUAGAUCACUUUAUCAGACAUUAGGGUAGCUGGUGAUCAGCCUGCCUUCUACUGAGGCCUCAAACAAGAUUUACUCUGUUCUCACACCUUUUCAGGCAAAUAAGUGACUCUACUUGCAUUCUUUUUUUUUUGUUAAUUUAACUCCUCAGACUACACAUAAACAUGCACACACACACACCCUUGAUAUGCGGUUUGAACCUAACAAAGAUUAUAAUGGAUUAUCAGCACCGACAGACAAAACCAUAACCCAUAUGUUUUGCUUUCGGUUCUAUUGAGUUCAAUAAAGAGUGUUUGAUCUUUA